UUUCUUGUUUGUUUCUUUUCCCUUUACUUUUUGUUUACUAUGUUUUACUUAUUCCAAAUUAAAAUAGUAUUUUUUUUGCUUUUCAACUCUCUUACAAUUGCAACGGUUAGUGCAAAUAAUUGCGUUUUGGGGUGUGCAAAAUAUCAUUACGCUUCCGGAUGCACACGACUUCCCCUCACGGCAUCCGUCGUUUGAAGUUGAGCGUACCGCAGGUUCAACCGCACAAGGUCAUGCGUAUGUGUGUAGCGUAAGGAAAAAGUGUGUGAGAGCAAGCAACAACAACAACAACAACAACGGCAAAAAUCUACAUAAUGGGCGAUUGAAUCGAUGGUGUAUAUAUGUGGCUGCCUACUGGUGUACAGACAACACCCUGCCUUGCCAGUGAGAGUGUCGUCGUAUUUCCGCAUCCUACGCACCACGAGACGCCAGGACCACGCACCACGUGCUCUUACGCUGCACUUCCGGUAUCGUUCCGGGCGGUGUGGGCAAACUACCCCUUAAUCAUCCCAUUUGCAGCACGGUGUCGGUAGCUGUGUUGGUUGAGUUGCUUGUGUGUGAAGGCUAUAGCUACACACAGCAACACCCUGUGCUACUAGAUUGUAGUAGUAUACUAUGUGCAUGACGUGUGUGUGUGUGUGUUGGGGUGAAUUUGUGUGAAACUGCAGUUGGUGGGAGUGUGUGAAACUGAUAGACAUCCGCCGUGGAGCUGUAUUGAUGCAAUUUUGCACAGCGAACGAUGCAACCCUCUGGCUGGGGCAAGCGUUUUUAAGGCUCGUUUUUUAUGUUCUUAACUUACAAAAAAAAUCCCGUCAGUGAAAUUUACAAACCAAAUAUCUUUGAACGUCAAAGUGACACGAGUAACGCUGGUAACGACAAGGUUACUUAGUAUCAUAAAAUGUUAUACGUUCAAUUUCGCCACAAAAGCUUCGCUUGCGCCUUACCGCGUAUAUGGGUAUAUGGUGUAAUUUAUAUUUAAAUUGUAUGUUUUAUUGAUAAACACCGAUGUGUUUCUCUUCCUAUCUUCCCGUGUGCGUUAGGUUCCGUUUGCUUCCAGUGCCACGUUAUGGGUGAACGUGUCCUUCUGUGGACAUGUGGUUUGUGAACCGUAAGGUGAAUGCAUUUACUAGCGUGUGUGUGUGUGUGUAAGUGUUUUGUGCGCCCUUUCCAAGGCGCGUUCUGGCCUUGGGUCGUAAAGCAAGAUAAAUAAACCAUAAACCAGUAGGGUAGUCUAAAAUUGGACCCCCGAGAAGCAAACUCAUCCGAACCUGAACGACGUGUUACUGUGUGGCAAAGGAAAGCCAUCCCGAUUGUUCCAUCGACCAGUGUGUGUGUGUGUGUGCGUUUGUGUGCGUGUUUUGUUUUAUUUGAAACGGCCACAAUUCGGCUGAGUGUAGUGCGAAAUUUGAAACAGUGACAUCGAUCGAGAACCUGCACGGUGCGUCCCGAUCCUCGAUCGGCAGUGGUCGGUGCGCGAUGGAGCUGCCCAAGAGCAGAUGGUGGCGCUGGAGACGGCGCCAUUUGCUAACGGGAUCGUUAUUGUUGCUGGUUUGUUUGUUGUUAGCGCUGGAUCCUGCUCCAGUGAAUGCCGACCCGGAUGAGGAUAUUCCACACAACGAAGUACGAAACUGGGCCAUCCGUUUCGGUGUCGAUCUGUGGGAGUUUGGACGACAGUUUACCAAAGUGAACGACAUCAGAAAUCGCUUCAAGGACUCGGACGUGGACGUGACCAGGAAGGAUGGCAUUCUGUUGCUGCGCGAGCUGGCAGCGGAAGUGAAGAACUUUAUGGAUUUCAAAAUGAACGCCGUAAUGCGAAUAAUGGAUUCGGCAGAGCAGGCCGCCCUGUCGGAAUCAGAUCCUGAGUCAGCUACGUCCAAAGCACACCCGAGCGCAUUCUACGAUGCGCGGCGUAUUAAUGAGUAUCAGUCGGACGGUCGGUUAGCGGAAGGUUCGCGACAGAUGUUGCUGCGACAUAUGCGCCGGUUUGAGGGCUAUCCGGUCAAUAUAAGUCUGAGCUCGGUGCUGAUGCCGGCUGGUGUUAGUUUGGAUGAUCCGGAAACGCAGAGCGCCAUCAAGUGGUCUUCCCAUUUGGAUCCAUUGUUUGCGAAUAACAUUGAGCGAGAUUCGGCCCUUUCGUGGCAGUACUUUGGAAGUAGCACUGGAUUCUUGAGACGGUUCCCGGGUACCGCUUGGCCUCCAGAAACGUCGUAUGGAAGCAAGGAGAUCAACGAUUUCCGUUCGGAGGAUUGGUUCAUACAGGCGGCUUCCUCACCGAAGGAUGUGAUAAUUCUUCUCGAUUCGUCUGGAUCGAUGAGUGGCAAGGAGUACCAGCUAGCGGUAGCAACCGCCAGCGCCAUUCUGGACACACUCGGCGAUGAUGAUUUUUUCAAUUUGAUCUCUUUCUCGGAUCAAGCUCGAGUGAUUGUACCCUGUUUCCAGGAUAAAAUGGUACGAGCCACUCCGGACAACGUAAAGGAAGUGAAAACGGCCAUCAAUGCGGUGGAGUGCGAAAAUACAGCCAAUUUUUCGGCUGCCCUUGAGACGGCUUUUGAGCUGCUACGUAAGUACAACCAAAGCUCCCAAGGUAGCCAAUGCAAUCAGGCCAUUAUGCUAAUUACCGAUGGGCCAAGCGAUACGUUCAUGGAAGUGAUCAAGCAUUACAACCAUCCGCAUAUGCCGGUACGCAUUUUCACCUACCUGAUCGGGACGGACAAGAGUGGUGGAAAAAAUCUGUAUAAAAUGGCGUGCGAAAAUAAAGGUUUCUUCGCACAGAUAAACAGUGCCGAAGAGGCAAGGAAGAAGGUGGUGGAAUAUGCAUUAGUUAUGGCACGCCCGAUGGUUCUAUACCAAGCCGACCAUCCCGUACACUGGAGUCCAGUAUUUAUGGGCGGCCGUAGUGGUAUACUUGGGCGAGAGAGUGAAAACCGUCGCAAGCUGGUUACUACCGUCUCGACGCCAGUGUUUGAUCGAAGAAACCAUUCGACUAGGGCCGCCAAUCUGCUCGGUGUUGUUGGUACGGACGUCCCUAUAGAGGAGAUCCAGAAGAUGAUUCCCCAGCACAAGCUGGGCGUGAAUGGGUAUGCGUUCAUUGUGGACAAUAAUGGACGGGUGCUGUGUCAUCCGGAUUUGAGGCCACUGAGCGAUAACGAUCAGUACAGUGCGACGUUGAAGCACAAGUACAAUUCGGUCGAUUUAACUGAGGUCGAGUUACCGGAGGUGGACAAUCCGAGUAACACCAUAAACGAGCGGCAUGAUCAGCGAUAUGCCAACACGCUUCAGGAGCUACGCAAUGAGAUGGUUCUGCAAAAGGAAGGCGAGAACGAACUCACUGUGCUGGCGCAUCUGGACACGAUGAAGCGUGUGUCCUUGCGCUUUCAGAAAUACUUUUAUGGCCCAAUUGAUGGUACACCUUUCUCGUUGGGAAUUGCCUUACCCGAUUCGUACGGUGUUCAUGAACUGAAUGCCCAGCAGGAGAUUAGGCAUUCUCAUAUUAAUGUGACCGAACAUUUUAAGGGUAACAAUUGGAAGGUACAUCCCGAUUGGGUGUACUGCGAGUACAACAGUCUGAAGGAUGCGGACGGUACUGGCGAGGGUACGGAGGAGUCCACCUACCGGGAUAAGGAUGAAAGUUUCGAUACGCCCGAGGAACAGGUGAUCCAUUUUUUGGCCCGUGUCGGCAGGCCCGGCUGGAAGUGGAUGUCGGUACGUCCCCGAUCGCCACAACCACACCAUGGACACGGUGGUAUUCCGGUCGGGCAUUAUGCUCAGCACCAUUUUAACUCGCAAGGUUCACGCAAAGCGGAACCGUACUAUUGCGACCGUACCCUCGUCCAGAGCCUUGUACGAGAUGCGAUCGUGACUGAUGGACUAGAUCGUACGCCAAGUCAUCCAUCGAGGAAGGAAGAUCGAAGCCCUAUUGCCACGUUGAUGGCAUUGCUGCACAGUCGGCUUGGAUUCAGCAUGUUCAGCGUGAAGACAACGUUUGUGGCAACGCGAUCGGGACUGUUGCGUUGGAUUGAUCAUUUACCGCACUCGGAGGAUUCGUCGGAACAACACUUUAGCGAAACGAACGCGAGAGCAAUGGACAUGAGUUGGUACAAGCGUGCGGUCGAUCUGUACUCGACCGAACCGGAAGGAUUCGUGUUUAGUGUUCCAUUUAAUUCGGGAUAUUCGGGCAAGAACAGCUCCACGCUGGUGACUGCAAGUCACGCCAUAUUCAUCGAUCAUCGUGGCCAUAAGGCACCGGCUGCCGUAGUGGGAUUACAGUUUUUGCACGAGUCACUGUUCAAGCACUUUAUCAACAUUACGUCAAAGUGUACCGCAUCGACAACCUGCAAGAAAAAUUGCGCCUCGGACGAGCUAGAUUGCUACCUGCUCGAUGACAAUGGGUUCGUCAUACUGUCCGAGCGUAGUGAACAUACGGGGAAAUUCUUCGGUCAGAUCGAUGGUACGAUUAUGGAUUCGUUGGUACAGGAUCGCAUCUAUCGCCGAGUACCACUGAUGGACUAUCAGGGUAUCUGUUCCGACCGGGACAACCCGUAUACUGGGGCCGGGGAACCAUUAAAACCUGUGCGACCGAUGUCGUGGCUGUUGAAGUACUUUGUGUCAUUCGCCACAUACUGGUUAUCCGUAUUGCCGACUCCAAUCGAGGCCUGGCAGAACACUAACUACAACUACGACGGUACUGAUGAUGUAGAGGAUGAAGAUACGUACGACUAUGAGCAACCGGAUUAUGAUCUACCACCAGAACACAGUGACGUGACGACGCCGGAUUACGAUCAACGAUCUACUCCAACACCGCAACGAUCCCACACCCAGGCGGGACCGCGUGUUGCACCGGAUCCUGCACAUGCCCGGCCAUGUGACCUCAAAACGGACCUGUAUGUAUUGCAACCGGAACGUUUGAAUUCGAGUGGACAAAACAACCCACUGAAGGGCAAGCUCACCAACUGUCAUUCGUCGGGAUGUGAACGUCCGUUUAGUGUGCAAAAAAUACCGAACAGCAAUCUCAUUCUGCUCGUAGUGGAUGUGUUGUGUCCCUGUGGCUCCAAACAGUUGGAUAUCGAGCCGCAAGAGGUCGUUGGCGGAGCGGGCGCAUGCGGUGUGCGUCGUAUGGCCAAGGAGAAAAUGCUCCGAAAGCGUCCGGGCAAAUGCAUCAGCUACCAUCCGGAAGAGAUCGAAAUUAAGCAGUGUGGUACGGCCACGACACUGUUCCGUGCGUCCCUUUACUCGACGAUAGCUACCUUUAUUGUGAUAUGGGUGUUGGCCAGCGCGUGAUACUAAGUGUUCAUGGCAGUAACAUUUUAAAGUGGUUCGACAGAGUUGGAGUUGUUUUUUCUCCCCCAAAUUAUAUAGUGCACGGAAGGUGGUGGAAAAAACCAAAACCAAAUGGGCAGCCCUGCAAUUCUUUUGAGUGGCAUGAGACUGCCACUGGUUGAUGUAUGCAAAAUACGGGCACGUUAAGAUGGAGGUGGUUACGUUACGGCUGUAUGAUGUUUAUGUUUUGUGUUAUGCUUCCGUUUUGCGAUGAGACUUUCCGUUUGUAAGAGGUAGGAUGAGGUACGGCCUCAGUUUUUAUGGCGUUAGGAACGUGUGUGUGUGUGGAAGUGUGUAAACAAGCAAGUUGCGUUAAAGACAUCCCGGACAAGCGCACCAACGAGACAGUGUGCUCGGAAGCUAUCCGAAAGAAUCUCAUACUAUUCUAUGCUAAGGAAACGUUAUAAAUGUAUACAGUUCGGCUGCAGAGGCAGGAAAAAAAUCGUUAGACAAAAAAAAAACAAGGCAAAAUACCUACCAUCCAUCAUUGAUCCAUCAUCGUUGGCAAAACAACCUUUAAAACAAAACCCCAUAAACUAACCAUUUGUCUGGCUGAAUGUAUGAAGUGAUCGUGUGUAAGCAACUGUUGCCAGUGUGCAGAUGGACCGAAUGUUUUUUGUACAUUACAGAUCAAAUGGUAACCUCCGUCAAGCGUUUCAGAGCAAAAAAGGGAAAAGAGAGUAAAAAAAAAACGGAACUACACUAAUGGUGGAUGUUGUAGCAAAAGAAGGCAAUCUUGUUGUGCGAGAUGCACGCCGAAAGUUUAACCCGAAGAAUAGAGGAUUCUUCUUCUUAAGAGUUAGAAAAACAAUUUUGCAAACUAGAGAUGGUAAAUGAUAGACGAUGCGUAUUGUUUGUGCCACGUUGUUUGGUGUGGUGUGCGAAAAAGCUUCCUGGUUGACAAUAUUCUGUUUUGAGUUGACAGAAUUAGCGACAUGAAAUGCUUUCGUGCUAUGAAUCGUUCUUUGUUUUUGGUGGACUUUAUAGCUUAAUCCAUUUGCAGUGGCAGAAGCGAAUCUGAUGUGCUUUGUUUUUGGUUUAAAUAACCUUUCAUCGUCUAUCGUUAAUGUUU